AUGGAGCACCAAAAGUCCGCAGACCCAAGAUCAGAGGAGGGAACAGAAGAGUCAGGAGAAGAACCCUGUGAACCUCGGUUUCAUGAAGAACUUGUAGAGUUGGCUGAGAGUUCUUCUGUGUCGAGCCAGACUGUGUCUGAUGUUGAGCCGAGGUCGUGGAGUACAGAAACAAAGCAGAAAGAUGAAGAUGAUGAGGCCGGACCAUCAGAGGGCAAGAAACGACCCCAGCAAGUGGGGGGAAAGCAGAAUGUCAGUACGAAACCCACCCAGCAGAAGAAGAACCCAUUCCUUGUGAGGAAGGGCACAAUGCAUCCUGUGAACACCUUCAGACCUAUUCAGUGGAGGAAGAAGAUGUUAUCUCGCUGGAAGAUGCAGCAUCCUUCUCUGAAAAUUGCUGUUCAGUCAGAUGCUGUGCAGGAGAGUGAGGAUAAGAGAGAACAUCCUAGCACAUCACAAGGAGGAGCGAGGGGUGGAGUGUCGAAAAAGGUCUUGAGCAAUCCAGAUAGAUCCAGAAAGAAGAAGGGAAACUAUGCAAAAGAGAAGGACAAACACAUUUCAACUCAGAGUGGCUUCCACCUUGAACAAGAAAAGCAAACAGGAAAGAGACAAUUGAGAAGCCACACAGAGGAGAAGCCCAGUCAAAGCCCACAGUCUGUGAAAAGUGGCUCUCUGAGCAAACCAACUGUAAAAGGUUCAGCGCUUGACACAAAGGGGAAAAGUCAUAAAUGCUUGGAGUGCGAAAUGACGUUCACACGGAGCUCGCAACUUACAAAACAUCAACAAAUUCAUUCUGCGGAGGAACAGUAUAUCUGUACAGAAUGUGGAAAGAGCUUCCAAAAACAACAAAAUUUCAUAGCACAUCAAAAAUGCCAUAUGAGGGGGAAACCCUUUAAAUGCCCAUGGUGUGAAAAAUGCUUCGGGUGUAGCGCAAACCUUACCAGGCAUAAAAGAGUUCAUACGGGGGAGAAACCCUAUACAUGUAAAGAAUGUGGAGAGAGCUUUUCUCAUCGUUCAUCCCUUACUAACCAUGAAAGAAUUCACACAGGUGAGAAACCCUUUCAAUGCUCAACAUGUGGGAAAUGCUUCAAUACGAGCUCAGACCUUUCUAAACAUGAAAGAAUUCACACAGGGGAGAAACCACAUACAUGUAAAGAAUGUGGAAAGAGCUUUUCUCAGAGUUCAUCCCUUAUUAAGCAUGAAAGAAUUCACACAGGAGAAAAACCCUUUCAAUGCCCGACGUGUGGAAGAUGCUUCACUACAAAGUCAGCGCUUUCCAGACAUAAAAUAAUCCAUGCAGGGAAGAAACCCUAUAAGUGUAAUGAAUGUGGGAAGCAAUUCAACCAGAAGGCAGCCCUCGUCCAUCAUCAAAGGUGUCAUUCAGGGGAGAAACCCUAUAAAUGCAAGGAGUGUGGAAGGUGCUAUGCUCAGAGAUCAUCCCUCACUGACGCUGACGACGAAGGAGAACAACGUAGCACAUCGCAAGGAGAAGUGAAGGACAAAGAGGAACAAUAUAUGUGUACAGCAUGUGGGAAGUGCUUCCAAAAACAACAAAGUCUAAUGGCACACCAAAGGUGCCAUACAAGGGGGGAACCCUUUACAUGCUCGUGCUGUGACAAAAGCUUCAGGCAUAGCUCAGCCCUGAUCACACACGAAAGAGUUCACACAGGAGAAAAACCAUAUACAUGUGAAGAAUGCAGAAAGAGUUUUUCUCAGAAGUCAUCCCUUACUACGCAUUCAAGAAUCCACACAGGAGAAAAACCCUUUCAAUGCUUGGCAUGUGGAAAAUGCUUUGCUAAUAGCUCAGCACUUUCCAGUCAUAAAAGGAUUCACACAGGGGAGAAACCCUAUAAAUGUGUAGAAUGUGGAAAGGUCUUCACCAAAAGCUCAGCUCUUAUUAAACACCGAACAAUUCACACAGGAGAGAAACCCUAUACAUGUCAAGAAUGUGGAAUGAGCUUUUCUCGGAAGGGAUCACUUAUUAAGCAUUUAAGAGUUCACACAGGAGAGAAACCAUAUACAUGUGAAGAAUGUGGAAAGAGCUUUUCUCGGAAGGAAAACCUUAUUACGCAUUCAAGAAUCCACACAGGAGAAAAACCCUUUCAAUGCUUGGCAUGUGGAAAAUGCUUUGCUAAUAGCUCAGCACUUUCCAGCCAUAAAAGGAUUCACACAGGGGAGAAACCCUAUAAAUGUGUAGAAUGUGGAAAGGGCUUCACCGAAAGCUCAGCUCUUAUUAAACACCGAACAAUUCACACAGGAGAGAAACCCUAUACAUGUCAAGAAUGUGGAAUGAGCUUUUCUCGGAAGGGAUCACUUAUUAAGCAUUUAAGAGUUCACACAGGAGAGAAACCAUAUACAUGUGAAGAAUGUGGAAAGAGCUUUUCUCGGAAGGAAAACCUUAUUACGCAUUCAAGAAUCCACACAGGAGAAAAACCAUAUACAUGUCAAGAAUGUGGAAAGAGCUUUUCUCUGAAAACAUCACUUACUAAACAUGAAAGAAUUCACACAGGAGAGAAACCAUAUACAUGUCAAGAAUGUGGAAAGAGCUUUUCUCUGAAAACAUCACUUACUAAACAUGAAAGAAUUCACACAGGAGAGAAACCAUAUACAUGUCAAGAAUGUGGAAAGAGCUUUUCUCGGAAGGAAUCCCUUACUAUGCAUGAAAGAAUUCACACAGGAGAGAAACCCUUUCAAUGCUCAACAUGUGGAAAAUGCUUCAGGGGUAGCUCCGCUCUUUCCACACAUGAAAGAAUUCACACAGGGUAGAAACGCUAUGAGUGUAACGAAUGUGGAAAGCAAACCAACGAGAGUUCAACCCUCAUCCAUCAUCAAAGGUGCCAUUCAGGGGAGAAACCCAAUAAAUGCAAAGAAUGUGGAAAGCGUUAUACUCGGAGCUCAAACCUUACUGACCAUGGAGGAAUUCACACCGGAGAGAAAUCUUAUCAAUGUUCUGUAUGCAGUGAAACAUUCCGUUGCAAAAAACAGCUUAUGCAGUGCAGGACGUUGACGACGAAGGAGAACAACGUAGCACAUCGCAAGGAGAAAAUCCACACAGGAGAAAAACCCUUUCAAUGCUUGACAUGUGGAAAAUACUUCGCUGAUAGCUCAGCACUUUCCAGCCAUAAAAGAAUUCACACAGGGGAGAAACCCUAUAAAUGUGAAGAAUAUGCAGUCCAGGAGGUUGACGACGAAGGAGAACAACGUAGCACAUCGCAAGGAGAAGUGAGGGACAAAGAGGUGAAAGAGGUCUUGAGCAAUCUGGAUAGAUCCAGAAGGAAUAAGGGAAACUACAAAAGAGAGGAAGGACAAACCCAUUUAAUCUCAGAACAGGUUGUGCCUUGA